GCUCAAUUUCCUGCGCAAGAUCCCCCCAACCAGUUGCACGGAAUUCUUGGUGGGUCAGUCUUGUUUCGCCUAAAUGUACCCCCCUGGAAAAGAGUGGACGAGGUUGAAUGGAAAUUCACCCCCACAGGGGGUCAGCCACUCCUGGUUGCCGAAUUCGCCGAGGGGAAGCUGAGGAAACCACACCCAAGCAACAGUUUUGGACCACGGGUAGAAAUGGUUGAUGAGACCACGCUGAAGAUGAAAGACCUGACGAUGGCGGACUCUGGAGUGAUGGAUGUCCGCGUGAGGUUUGCUUCCUCAGCAAUUGUGGAGUCCUUCUUCAACCUCAUAGUCCAUGAGCCGGUGCCAUCGCCACAAAUAAAUCACCAGAUCGUUUCCAGCACUGCCAACCAAUGUAAUGUGACACUGCAUUGUCGGACGUCUGGAAAGUCAGAUUUGCAUUUUUCCUGGGAAAACAGAAACCCACUCAGGACCUCAGAAGCUUUAGAGUGGUAUCGCCUCACCAAUGACGACAAGGAUCUUCACCUGUCAUGGCGGCCAAACACCUCCGAUUCCACUUUCACCUGCCUGGUCAGCAACCCAGUUGAUCAGAAGAACAUCUCGCUUGAUGUCUUCAACAUCUGUCAGGAUGAAGCUCAAGAUGGAUGUAGCUGCUUCUCCUGGGUGAGGACCGCCAUGGCCGUGGGGCUGGGCCUCCAGGUUGCCACCAUCAUCUUGUUAAAUGUUCUGGAAAGGAAAGUUGGAGACCAGUGUUGAGUCGGCGUAGAACCACGAACCGCUAACAUGGAGCCCACGGGCACCCACCACUAUGGUGGCCUCUGCAAUAGGUUUUGAUAAAGAUCUCCUUUUUGAAAAGCCACAGGAUGUGAGGGACUGUUUGCUCUUCCUGCUUGCAGUGGCUCAGACUCUCUUACCACAACUCUGCCACGUUUGAGAUCGGACCCCCCCUGGCUACCCCCUUCCAUUCCAGACAGAGGAGAGGCGCCAAGAGCUUUCCUCUAAGAGCAUCGUGGCGGCGGCUGAAGUACGUGCUUUUCUUUCCAUUGGAGGAGGUGGCUGGUGCACCUUAUUAGCUGUGGCAACCAUUUUGUGCCACGUCCCAUAUCCCACGGUAGCCAUUUUGUGCUAUACCCCGCACCCCACAGUAGCCAUUUUGUAACUGACAGCCACAAAAUUUCAAAUCCACCCAACGCCCAAAAAUGUUUGCCGACCCCGGUGUGGUUGGUUGGAAAAGACACCCUGUCCGGUUUACAAAGUAGCCACUGCCUGCUUACAUUA